AUGGCUCAAGACAUGACAGAGAAGGACCUUCUAAAGAUGGAAGUAGAACAGCUAAGGAAGGAGAUAAAGACAGAGAGGGCACUGGUUUCUAAGUCCGCACAAGAAAUGAAGAGCUAUGUUGAAUCUCUAGCGACAGAAGAUCCAUUGCUGAAAGGCGUUCCUGAAGAUAAGAAUCCAUUCAAAGAAAAAGGCGGCUGUGCGGUUUCUUGACACAAUACCACCUCCUUCUAUGAAGUCAU